AUGGACCACGUUGACCACCCCAAAAGUUGUUCAGGGAGGUAUCAUAUGAUGAUGGACAAGUAUGGCAAACGUGGUAAAAUGAUGGUGGCUGUUGGUUUCAUCUUUUUUUCGAUAAUUAUACCCUCAGUUUUUGGAUAUGCCAUAUGGCGUCCACUGACUUUGAUACACGCAUUCACUCCUACUGCGUCGAGGGAGAUCUAUUUAGGCGCUGCUUUUGUUUUUUGGGUGUUAUUUAAUGUCAAAGUAUUUGAAGAGUUGUUAUAUUGUCGAGAGCUGUUAGUGUUGAGUGCUUUUGUGUUAGACAUUUGUAUGGUUCCAACGUCCGCUUUGCCAUUUGUAGUGCUUUACGACUUAAUGAGAUGUGUUCUGACGACUUUAUUUAGUGUCAGACUCUCCGAUAUGGUGAAUCAAGUCUUAGGGUUUAGUAUAUUAGGCAUUGCUCUCUUUCUGUGUGUCCUUGGGUUCUAUCGAGGAACACAUAUCUCCAUUGAGCGAAUAUUUUUGAAGUCUUCCAAAGUGAAGAGACCGAUCAAAUUUGUCCAAAUCUCAGACGUUCAUAUCGGCUCAAGACUUGAUGCCUUACCCGUGAAAAUGGUCGAUAAAAUUAUUAAGGAAAAUCCCGACUUUGUAGUGAUCACAGGCGAUUUGAUUGACUCCCAUAAUGUCGAGCCAAUGGAUUUGAAUGAGUUUGACAAGUUACGAAAAUGUGGCAUACCCGUGUAUUAUUCCAUUGGAAAUCACGACUUAUGGGCGGGUGAGGAAUACGUCUCCGAGCUUUUAAAGUAUUAUGGGAUCGUUUAUUUAAAAAAUCGCGUGGAGACGAUUCGCUUAAAAGAUGAUGAGAUUCAGUUUGUUGGCAUUGAUGAUGUGCAGCGCGUGAAAGAUUUCAAUACCAUUUUCGAGAGUGUAGAACCUCAUAUUGAAGAUGGAAAAUACACCAUUUUACUUCACCAUCGGCCAUUAGGGUAUAAGACGGUUGUGAAAACAGGGAAAGUCGAUUUACAACUUGCUGGGCAUACGCACAACGGGCAGAUAUUCCCAUUCAACAUGUUCAUCAAAUUUUUCCAUAGUAAAGCGUGUGGGUUAUUCAACAUCACAAGUGGAGACAAUCGUUUAGUCUUAUACACGCACCCGGGGUCAUGUGCCUGGGGACCGCACUUCAGGACUUCUUCGAAGAAUUUGAUUACCGUGUUUACACUAUCAAGUGAGUGA